CAGGAGGGGGUGGGAGGGGGAGCGGCGCGAGAGUGAGUGAGUGGCUGAGUUUACCCCUAUGAGGCAGUGAGAGGCCCGGGGCCUACCUCAAAGGAGCGGGGUCGCGGCGCCAGCUAGCAGCGGGCCCCCUCCUAGUCCCCGGGCCCGGCGGCGGCGGCGACGACUCGGUUGUGAGGAGGCGGGGAAGCGGGUGUCCGGCCCCAGUCAUGGAGGGCAUGGACGUGGACCUAGACCCCGAGCUGAUGCAGAAGUUCAGUUGCCUGGGCACCACCGACAAGGACGUGCUCAUCUCCGAGUUCCAGCGGUUGCUCGGCUUCCAGCUAAACCCGGCCGGCUGCGCCUUCUUCCUGGACAUGACCAACUGGAACCUACAAGCAGCAAUUGGCGCCUAUUAUGACUUUGAGAGCCCAAACAUCAGUGUGCCCUCCAUGUCCUUUGUUGAAGAUGUCACUAUAGGAGAAGGGGAGUCAAUACCUCCUGAUACUCAGUUUAUAAAGACGUGGCGGAUCCAGAAUUCUGGGGCAGAGGCCUGGCCUCCAGGGGUUUGUCUUAAAUAUGUCGGGGGAGACCAAUUUGGACAUGUGAACAUGGUGAUGGUGAGAUCGCUAGAGCCCCAAGAGAUUGCAGAUGUCAGCGUCCAGAUGUGCAGCCCCAGCAGAGCAGGAAUGUAUCAGGGACAAUGGCGGAUGUGCACUGCUACGGGACUCUACUAUGGAGAUGUCAUCUGGGUGAUUCUCAGUGUGGAGGUGGGUGGACUGUUAGGAGUAACGCAGCAGCUGUCAUCUUUUGAAACGGAGUUCAACACACAGCCACAUCGCAAGGUAGAAGGAAACUUCAACCCGUUUGCCUCUCCCCAAAAGAACCGACAAUCAGAUGAAAACAACUUAAAAGACCCUGGGGGUUCCGGGUUCGACUCGAUCAGCAAAAACACAUGGGCACCUGCUCCUGACCAAACUGAGCAAGAUGAGAAUAGACUCUCUCAGAACUCUGUAAAUCUGUCCCCCAGCAGUCACGCAAACAACUUAUCAGUAGUGACUUACAGUAAGGGCACUUUCUUGUCCCCAAGUACAUGUGGGGAUGCUCUGAGAAAUGGAGCCUUCGAAAACCCACUUCCUUGCAAGGGGCUCCAUGGGCCUUACCCCUUCGGCCAGUCUUAAACGGGUGUCAGCAAGAAGAAAAAUAAGACAGAAGGCUUGACUUUUUUGGGGGGCGGGCAAGGGGUUCCUCUGGAUGGCAGACCGCGUCACAUGGACCUCUGGCUCUGACCCCCAAUCCUGGAAGAAGAGGAAGAAGCAGAACAGACUAGUUUUGAGUAAACUCAGUAUGCAUGUGUGAAUGCUGAAUCGCAGGAGUGGUGUUGAGCUACCAAGAAGAAAUCCAUGCAGCUGCCUUGGUUUUGUUUAGUAGGCAUCAGUCUAACAAAUCAUUAGGUCACUCGGGAAGGGAAAAAAAGUUUAAAUGGGGGAAAAAAGCCAUCUUUUUCAACAAAAAUUAUUUUGCCUACAGACAGGUUGUAGUUUUGAGCACAUGUUAAUUUUUUCCCUCUUUCCCCACUUUUAUUUUUUUGGAUAAGGGAUAACAUACUCUAUAGAAUAGCUGCUUGCUCUGGAAGCGAUUCAGGUUAAAAGCUGGUGUGGCAUGUUUGGGGACUCUCUGGGUCAGUGCUACAGGAAGACAUCUGCCAUGCCACAUGACUCGAGAAGUCUCUGACCCCAUCUGUUUUUAAUGGCAUCAACCAAUCAAUUAUCGCCCUUUUCCUCUUCUUUUCUCUUUAAUCUUCUGUUGAUUUACACCUUUGACAUUUGUAUUUGUCAACCCUGUGGCUUGUUACCAUCAGAAACUCUCUGAAAACCAAACUUCCCUGUGUGGCCAGCCUUGAGGAAGCCUUGAGGACGGAUCUCAGAUGGUGUGGGAGUUUCUGAGGCAGAGAGGUGUCCUGCACACACUUGUAACAAUUCAAAUUGCUCUUCUUCCAUGUUUCUCUUGGUGGAGAGAGAUGCCAUUAUGCUUACUGCUCUUUUGGAUUCUUUGUCCACAGGGUUUUUCCAUUUGCUCUGGGAAUAGUACCUCCAUGCUACGUAUAUGGAUGUGCCACAGGCACACACACAUGGGUGUUGGUGCAGCUCAUCAGUGAGUGUGAAGGUGUCCCAUGCUUCUCUUUUGGCUCACAACUCCCUUCCCUGUGUUUCUGUCCGGUUGUCCCAUUGUGAUGUUUUCACAGCCAGUUAGUGGAGGCUGAGCUGUUAAGGUAUGAAAAUACAACCCCAAAUGGGGAAUUUGCCAUGGGGAAAGGCCAUAAUUACUGACAACAUGAUCUUGGAGACCACAUUUUAAUGGAAACCAGAGGACCCCCACCCUGAGUAGGAUACUUGGUUUUUGGGAGGUGGUGGGCAAGG